AUGCGACUGCAAUGGCUGAGGCCUGGUGGAGCGGCACAGAGCGAGAGUCUCAGGUCCCUAUGGUAUGUAGAUCGUGCAAGAACGGCUGCACAGUCCCUUUCCAUCGACCCAUUGGAUGCCACAUUCCUCUCCCAGCCCUGCAAGGCCAAUCAACUGCCAGGCAACCGCAGUGAUGCACGACCUGGUCCCCUCGCCGCAGGGCAUCACCAGCCCGUCCAAACGCUUUACCCCGCCACAAGUGACAGUGACACCUCUCUCUUCUCGCCCGGCAUACAAUUCGACCAGACCUUGGUUGACUUUCUGGUUCCAAGUUGUGCUCUAGAGUUCAUCUGA